AUGAUGCUUUCGAGUGUAAACCUGAAACGUCAGACGGGUGAAAUUCCUGUUCUGUGGCCUCGUGUUCAAACGGUGAAUGGUCUGGCACCCGUGGGCGCCGCUUCUGCAAAACUCCUCGGUGGAGCUCAGACUCUCCUCAGUCAUGUGAGCCAACAGGUUUCUGCGGCCAAACUCCUCCAGGAUUUUGCCAGCGACAUGAAUAAAGGUCUCACACCGUAUCAGUGUGAGGUGCUGAGUCGAUGCCUGGUGACCAUUCAGAUCUACUUCCAUGCCGGAGGGCGGGGUCUGAGACGUGCCUUCCUGGAGCGCAGCAAAAAUGGGACUCCAGAUGAUGCCAGCGGCUUCCUCAACGUUCAAGUGGAAGUGUUCAAACACCCGGGCACUGGAGAAUACAAGGUUAUCGUUAAAGGGCGGCUCUUGAAAGUCUCCCUGGCCUUCCCUACUGAGGCGUAUGUGGUUUAA